AUGUCGGUCAAACAUCAAAAGCUUUCACUCCACAUGGCAGUGAGCAUUGCGCCUUAUUGCUUGAGUUUUUCUCAACAAACCUGUCAUUCAAACUACAUUUCAAAGCAUAUAGCAUUAAGUAAAUAUAGAAGAGACAUACGGAGAGGUUGCCUUAGAAGGCCUCAGAUUUUGCCUUCUACUCUUGGAGAUGCUGUUGGGUUACGUGUGUUUGUGCUUUCCGACUUGCACACCGACUAUACCGAGAACAUGGAAUGGGUCAAGUGCUUACCAACUGUCAGAUACAAGAAUGAUAUUCUUAUUGUUGCGGGUGAUGUUGCUGAGACGUACAAGAACUUUAUCGUGACAAUGUCUCUCUUGAAGGACAGAUUUGAGCAUGUCUUGUAUGUGCCUGGCAACCAUGACCUUUGGUGCCGUCACGAGGGAGAAAUUUAUCUUGAUUCUCAUCAGAAAUUAAAGAAAUUGCUUGACACGUGUAGAGGACUUGGAGUUCAGACCAGUCCAAUGGUUUUAGAUGGCUUAGGAAUCAUUCCUUUGUUCUCAUGGUACCAUGAGAGCUUUGAUAGGGAGGAGGAAAUAACCAGCAUCCACGUUUUGCCUUUGGAGAUGGCAUGUAAGGACUUCAAGGCAUGCAAGUGGUCCAAGGAACUGUCAAAUGGAGAUAUCUCACUUGCCCUGUACUUUGAUGCAAUGAAUGAAAAGAAUCAGAGUGUGAUCAAGGAGAUCCAGAACACAUGUAACCAAAUAAUUACAUUUUCUCAUUUUGUUCCCAGGCAAGAGCUGUGCCCAGAGAAAAGGAUGCUAUUCUAUCCAAAGCUUCCAAAGAUUAUCGGUUCUGAUUGUCUUGAGUUCCGUAUAAGGUCUAUCCAUGGGGUUGAAGGAAGUCCAUCUGCAUGUCAUGUGUUUGGUCAUACACAUUUCUGCUGGGAUUCUGUGCUUCAUGGUAUCAGCUUUAGAAGAGCCCUCGACCACCUGGGUUUUGUGGUGCUGCUCGAUUGCAGAGAAGGGUUUUUGUUAUUUUCGCUGCUUUUGGUGUUGGUCUUGUUGUUUGGUGUGGGGGGAGAGAGAGAGACAGAGAGACAGCGCUGUUGGGGGUGGCUGGAUUUGGGUGAUGGUGGCAGGAGUGGGGAAGGUGGGUCGGAGACGGGGUUGGGAAGGAGGGGGAAGGGUGUGGGUAGAGAGGUUGUGGUGGGCAAAGAACUUGGCGAUGAAGACAAUGGCAUGGCCUUGACAAAGACGGUGGUGUCGAAGCCACUUGAGUUUGUUGCGAGGUUGGGAUUGUGGGUUGCGAUGGAGCUGGGUUUGUGGGUUGUGGGUAUGGUGUGGUGGCUGGGAUGA